AUGGAUACACUUUCAAUUCGUGCUCAAGGCAUGAAUAAAAAUGUAACGCAAAUAUUAAAAAAGUUUUUACUUGUUCAAAAAAAUCCCUAUGAUGAAGAAUCGAAUCCUAAUGGUAUAUGUAAUUGUGGUGUUGCAGAGAAUUAUUUAUGUGAAAAUGAAUUGAUUUCAAAACUUCAAUCUAUUCAAGUAUGGCAAAAAAGUCAUAUGUACUAUCCCUGUUCUCAAGGUUUAUUAUCGUUACGAAAAGCUUUGUGUGAUUUUUUUCAAAAAAUUUUCGAACUUAAUCAUCAACUUGAUCCAGAUCGAAUGAUGAUUUCAAGUGGAUUAUCUGGUAUUAUUUCAUUAUUAAGUUAUGUUAUAGGUGAUCGAGAUGAUGUUUUUCUUAUUUCAUCACCUUAUUAUACUGCAUUCGAUCAUGAUAUCUCAGCUUUCUCAAAUUGCGCCACAUAUCGAUGUCCAUUACUUGAACAGGACACUGGUAAAUUUAUAUUUUCAGUGGAAAUUUUCAAGCGUGGUUAUGAUGAUGCAGUAGCUAAAGGUCUACGACCACGUGGCAUCAUUAUAAUUAAUCCAAACAAUCCCAUUGGAGAUAUUUAUGACGAACAAACAAUUCAACCUGUUUUAGAUUUUGCAGCCGAAAAGAAUUUACAUGUUAUCAUCGAUGAAAUCUAUGCAUUGAGUUUAUUUGAAGAUCAAAAACCGUUUCAAUCGAUGUUAAAUUAUUCAUCAAUUGUUGAUCCAAAACGUACCCAUUUUGUUUGGUCAUUUAGUAAAGAUUUUGCGUUGAGUGGUGUACGUUUAGGUGUCGCUUAUGCUGGCUCCAGUGAAUUAUGUUCAUCAGCCAAUGCAAUUAAUUUUAUUCAAAUUCCAUCAAAUAUAGUUCAAGAAAUUGCAACUACGCUUAUAUCUGAUUGUCAAUGGAUUGAUUCCUAUACGAAAUUGAAUCGGUCACGUUUAACACAACAAUACAAAAAAUUUCAAAAGGCAAUAGAAAAUAUUGAUAAUCGUAUUUAUAUUCGACCGGCGAAAGCAGGAUUCUUCAUUUGGGCUGAUUUACGUUUAUUGUUACAUGAUAUUACGUUUGAAGAAGAAAUUCGUCUGUUUCAAAGUAUAUUCGAACAUGGUCUUUACUUGGUAACAGGAAGUUUUCUUGGUUGUGCACAACCGGGAUGGUUUCGUAUAAUAUUUUCUAUAAGAGAAACAUGGAUUGAUGAAGCAAUAAAACGAUUUAAAUUAGGAUUAGAUGCUUAUCAACAUUCGAUUGUUCUUUCUAAUGCAUAA